CUACUUGGUAUUUCUGUCCAAUUGCAGAGUGGGCUUUAGAAUUGAGCUAAACAGGCCUAAUAGCAAGGCCAAGGAUGAGUGGACCCAGUUUGGCUCUGGUUGGUACAGAUGAGUUCACUGGCAUUUUCAGCUGGAACUUGCACUCCCAGAACGCGCAGCAAGACCAAUUCAGCACCACUCAUUAGAAACAAAAAGGAAGCAUUCUUAAAACCACCCCAGAAUAGUUGUUCUCCUCUGCAAGUGCAUCUUGAUGAGAAAGCAACAUUGUUCAGCAGAAGAGAAUCAAUAGCUUUUGGCCUCAGUUUCAGUUUUCUUGAUGUUCUUCUUGUGCAACCAAAGCCUAGUUCAGCCGCUGAGAAAGCACCAUGUGAACUUACUGAAGCCCCUUCAGGCCUCGCCUUCUGUGAUAAAGUUGUGGGUACUGGCCCCGAAGCUGUCAAAGGACAGCUGAUCAAGGCACAUUAUGUUGGGAAAUUGGAGAAUGGGAACGUGUUUGACAGCAGCUACAAUCGUGGGAAGCCUCUUGCAUUCCGUGUAGGUGUUGGCGAGGUUAUUAAAGGCUGGGACCAAGGAAUCCUAGGUGGUGAGGGAAUUCCUCCCAUGCUCGCUGGCGGAAAACGUGUUCUGAAGCUGCCUCCAGAACUUGGAUAUGGCGUGAGAGGGGCAGGAUGCAGAGGAGGUUCAUGCAUCAUUCCUCCUGAUUCAGUGCUGUUCUUUGAUGUGGAGUUCAUUGGCAAGGCAUGAGAAGCGAAUAUCGAACAAAUUACCGUUCUUUUCCCAACCCUUUUUGGUUGUAGAUGAGGUUUAUUGAGUGAGUUCAGAGGAAUUCUUGUGUAUCUAAAGUUGUAAACAGAAGAUAACUUGGUAGGAUGAGUAGAACAUAGAAGGCUGUACCUUUGAUUUAUUAAGAGAGAAACGACUUGUUAUUGAACAUCACUGGAGGUGUAGCAAAUCAAAAUGCCUUCAAUAUAUUUCAGUUGUAUAA